UCACUCCCGUCCCCUUUUGAGGUAUUUAAGGAUACUUGGGAGUGGCAAUGGAUGGGUUCUUUGUACCAGCAUGGCCCACCGCCAACCUUGUCGUUUCUUCAACUCUCCGGGCGGCUGUCGUCGAGGAGACGAUUGUAACUUUUCCCAUAUCCGCAGGAACGGAGGCAGUCCGACUCCUGCUCCGGGUACUGCACCAUCCACUCCUCGUUCUUCGGCGGCUACUCUUCGUUCACCUUCAGCUACUCCUCGUUCCCCUUCCACUUUUCCUUCCCCUCCAAGGGGUUACUGUCGCUUUUACUGGGAAUUAGGCAGAUGCAACAGAGAAUUUGAAUGUCACUAUAGACAUGUCCAGGCUCCGCAGGCAUCCUCUCCUAAUGCCCACUCUUCUGACGCUACGAAUUCCUCCCCGCUAAGAGAUCGCCUGGCGCCUUUCUUGACAGAACAAGGCUUGUCCCGGAUGAACGGAGGCCGCGCGGAAGGAUUUCUUUCCCAAAACACAUCGAACUCCUUGUCUCCAGUUGAAGCUCACAACUUGCUUCAGAGGUUUCUCUUCGAUAAUUACAGAUUUCAAGCAACCUUCCAUGUAUACACUUUUUUGACCCCCCUCAAGAGUGCAAACCCUUCCAACAACAAAUGGACUCCAGAGGACGGUCAGCUUCUCUUGAAUAGUAUCUCUUCGCAAAAUGGUCUUCUCCGUAUCAUUGAUAUUGUUCGUUGGCCUCAAGUAUCCUCUGGCGCUGGUUCAAGUCGUGACGUAUUGUCAUUCCAAAGGGGCAUAGUGCCUCUUCUCGAAUAUCUGUCUUCGGACUUUGUUGUCAAGAGCACCAUGGUCUCUAGAGCUAAUGCGUUGUUCACCGCAGUGCUUCAAAACCUACCAAGUCUCGCCGACGCAAUCGAAGGCAGUCUCUCAGGUAUAAUGACCUCUCGUUCGUUUAUGGAUUCUCUUGCAAGUGGGACGAUCUGCAAAGACAUCGGGUUAAGAACCUUACAAUCGCUAGCUGGAGUACUCUAUGAAUGCCUUGUCCGUUUCAAGAAUGCUGUUCUCACCUAUCCUCGAUUGGCACCUCUUGUUACGAACCUCCAUACAUGGUUCGGACAGUGGAGUGAAGGUGUCCGCGCAUCACCACCUGCUUUUGAUGAUCCUUUCCAAGGCAUGGAACCGCGUGUGAUAGAUCUUUUGAUAAACUUGCUCAGGGAGAGGGUGGACAGUCUCAAGGCGAUCGUAGAUCGAGAGUUGGACAAACAGACAAACUCCUACAAGGUCAAGCCAACUGUUCGGCCCACUGUCCAUGCCAACGAGGGUCUAGUUGCUGCAUUGCGAGGUAGCUAUGACCCUCCUGGAGAGUUGCGCCAAGAGGGUCCUCGACACGACAACGACCACAUGGACAUAUAUGACAUACGUAUAGCUCCUACACACGAGGAGCUCAUGUGUCCAAUUGAGCCAUUUCUCCCGGCCACUCUAUACGACGCCCCCCAUCCUGCAUCAGCGGACUCUAUGGAACGUCUCUUGGAUGUCCAGUUCCGUCUGUUGAGGGAGGAGCUUACUGCUCCGUUGCGAAGGGCCGUACAACUCGUCUACGCCGAUUUAAAGUUUCCAAACCGUUCGAGAACUCAGCUUCACACUGUUCUUCAGAAGAACGGCGGGAAAUAUGUCGGCCACAUCGACAGCCGUAGUUCGAUCAUGUUCAACGUAUAUGCCGACGCCAAUUUCUUGUCUGUGGUUCCGGAUCACCGGGGGUUGUCUGUGAGCCUCACCGUACAUGCACCCCCGGGUCGUGCAAGCUCCCGACAGCAGGGUGCGCGAGUAACAUUUUGGCAAGGAAUGAGCGGGAAAAGACUUCCCCAAGGUGGUCUUAUCGCUCUCGUAUGGGAGGAUACCCCGACCAAGACUGUCUCGGUUCAUCUUGGUGUGGUGGCAAGCUCUAUCAAGGAGCUUACUGAUCAUGUUCGCACUGACCCGGAUCGUGUGAAGCUCCGUAUUGUCUUUUUCGAUUCCUCGGUGGAACUCAAAAUAUUGCAAAGUUUGGAAAGUCGACGAUCUGCGUCUGGUGGUGUGAAGAUGCUGGUGGAGUCGCCAGUAAUGUUUGAAGCCAUCCGUCCUUUCCUAGAAGCUCUCAAGGUGGAGCCAGAGACCAUUCCUCUUUCUAAAUAUCUGGUUUUCAGGCCUCCAAUGUUCCUCAGACGGUGUUUCAUCGAUCCGCCGGAAUAUGCACGUUUCCCGGAUUUUGCCUUCCAACUUGCGUCAUUAUUCCCAGAUGUGGCCCAGGUCGACGAUCUGAAACUGAACGUCAACAGUGCAGACUCCAUCGAGUAUGCGCGGGCCGUUCUCCGUGACCAAAGUCGACUUGAUCCAAGUCAGGUGGAUGCCAUUAUUGAUGCGCUUACUAGGCAAUUGGCACUCAUCCAGGGGCCACCGGGUACGGGAAAGAGUUACACAGGAGUCGAACUCCUGCGAGUCCUUGUCGAAAAUAAGAUCAGACCCAUACUCAUGAUUGCAUUCACCAACCAUGCACUUGACCACAUGCUUACCUCUGUCCUGGAUGCAGGAAUUACUAGUGAUAUUGUUCGCCUCGGCUCUCGCUCGUCUGACGAGAGGAUAUCCCAGUAUUCUAUCGAAAUUCGAGAGAGGACCGCUGGCCAAUCCCGCCUCGACAGGGGUGUAUCGCAAAGUCACCGCGAAUUAAAGGGCAUACAGGAGCAGAUCAAGGGACUGAUGGACAACAUACUUAAAGCUGAUUUGGAGUCAGAUUCCUCCGAGGUCACACAGUACAUCAGGUUAUAUUACCCCGAGCACCAUGCGUCCCUCUGCUCGCCACCGCCAUGGAUCAACUUUGCGAAAGAACUUUGUGAUGAUGAUUCUGGUGGGCCGUGGCAAAUCCAAGGUCGCGGUGGUCGCGCAGUAAUUCAAGACACGUCCCCGUAUGCCUAUUGGCGGAAGGCCGGUGACAUCCAGUUCCUGCAACUGGUCGAUAGCUCUCAUCGGCCCCCCGAGAGCCCUGUUGUGGCCGGCCCUUCGAGGGCGAACUACUUCCAGACGCUGAAUUCGGUCGAUGCCGAUGCCUUGAAUAGCAACAGUUCGGACGACGUCGCCUACCAUACCGACACUGAUGAUGACGAUGAUGACAGCUCUAUUUCCGUCGAAAGCCUUGAGAUAGAGAAAUGCUGGAUGUUGAUGUCGGAUGAAGAAGGCGAGGAUGAGGACAAAGAUGAGGGCAAGGACGAGGACGAGGACGAGAUUGAGCUUCCGCCGCCUGAAUCACCGGACAUGUCGCCGUCAUCAAGUCCAUCCUUAGAAACAUACAUACGGGACCCGCUGGGUUAUUUUAAUGCCCUGGGCGAAGGGGAUAUUCCAUGUAUUCCGCAUAGCGACCGUGGCCUUGCGGACCUAUUGGGACACUGGGAUGUCUGGGAGAUGAGUGUUGUAGAACGCGAACGCUUGCACAAGUUCUGGGUCGCGGAAACCCGAGCGCAGAGGCACCAGAAUCAACUCGGCGAGUUUGAGCGGCUACGUGAUAUGCAUUCCAACAAGUUACGCGAGUACAACGAAGCAAAGGAUGCUGUACGGUGCAAAUUACUAGGAAAUGUGGAUAUCAUCGGCUGCACUACUACGGGCGCUGCCAAGCUUGCCGCUCUUUUGAAAGCGCUGAGUCCGCGUGUUCUACUUGUUGAGGAAGCUGGUCAAGUUCUGGAAGCACACGUCCUUGGCAGCCUGGUACCAUCAGUAGAGCAUCUGAUUCUGAUUGGCGACCCGCUUCAGCUCCGACCUACAUUGAACAAUUUCUCCCUUUCUGUAGAUAGCGGGCGUGGAAGGGAACUCUUCAAAUUUGACAUGUCGCUGAUGGAACGCCUGUCCACCUCUGGUCUACCAAUGUCUCGGUUGGAUGUGCAACGUCGUAUGAGACCAUCCAUCUCUAGUUUGAUCAGGAACACAUUGUAUCCUGGGCUACAGGAUCACGACCUUGUGCUCAAAUACCCCGAUGUCCGUGGAAUGGCAAAGAAUUUGUACUUCGUCACCCACAGCCAUAGAGAGAACGGGGGAGGAGAUGACACUGCCAGCAAAUAUAACGUAUAUGAGGUGGAAAUGAUCCGCGAUUUGGUUCUCUAUUUGCUCAGACAAGGUUGCUACUCCGGUGAUGGCGAUAUCGUGGUCCUGUGUGCAUACCUGGGACAACUGGCCCGACUUCGAGACGCAUUGGCGGGAGAUGUCGUCACCGUGAUUGAUGAACGUGAUCAGGCAGAGCUUGCUGACCGAGAGGCUGAGAUUGACUCUGAUGACGAAGCCACCACCAUCGACCACCUCCAAGUAACAAAGCGGGUCAAGCUGCGUACUGUCGAUAAUUACCAGGGCGAAGAAGGAAAGAUCAUUAUCCUCUCGCUCGUCAGAAACUCUGGCAGUCUUGAAGAUGAAAAUGAACUAGGGUGGAACUACAGUACGCGGCCGAACAUAGGGUUUUUGAAGUCUGAUAAUAGAACCAAUGUGGCUCUAUCCAGAGCUCGUGAGGGGCUUUAUAUCUUUGGAAAUGCCGACAAUCUCUCUAGCCGGAGCGAGAUGUGGAAAUCCAUUAUCGAGGAGCUGCAAGCGAACGAUUCCCUAGGACGCACGUUACCCAUUGCUUGUUUCCGUCAUCCAACCAAAGUGCAUCAUGUCUCGCAGCCCGGACAGCUACCUCAGAUUGCGCCAGAUGGUGGAUGUCUAGAGCCGUGCGAUACACAUUUGAAAUGUGGCCACCUCUGUCCAUUCAAGUGCCACCCCGAUGAUUCAAACCAUGUGUCCGUUAUCUGCGACAGGCCAUGUCGACGCCUUUGCCACCGGGACCACCCAUGCCGCAAGGUUUGCAGUGCUCCUUGUGGAGAUUGCAAUUUUCCCGUUCCCAACGUACGCCUUCCGUGUGGGCAUAUCAAGGCAUCCGUUCCUUGCCAUCAGCUUGACACCCUGGACAGUGUAUAUUGCAACUAUGUAUUGGAGAAGCAACUGCCCCAUUGCGAGCACAGCGUACCUAUGGAGUGCUCCCAGGAUGCUGAAGACCAUCGGUGCGAAGCACGAUGCGGUGAAUUAAUGUCGUGCUGCAGCAAGAUGUGCAAUGCACCUUGUUAUGAGUGCCAACGUAGAAAUGACCCGCAGUUCGAGGAGGCAGGACAUAUUAGAAGGCAAAACCAUCGUAUCCACCCUUGUCAGAAAAGCCUCUACUGCGAGCACAUUUGUCAAGAGGCAUGCUCCGGAAACCAUGAGCAUACGAGACGAUGCAUGGAUCCGUGUCGGCAGGCAUGCGCACACGCGAGGUGUAAACUCCCUUGCUCAGAUCCGUGCGCUCCGUGCAAAGAGCAGUGUACUUGGACCUGUCCACAUCGUAAUUGUCCCGUCCCAUGUGGCUCGGUUUGUGCCCGGUUACCCUGUGACCUGCGAUGCAAGAAGCUCCUGGCAUGUGGGCACCAGUGCCCUUCCGUCUGCGGAGAACCAUGUAAUGCCCAAGUCUGUCAAAUUUGCGCCCCGGAACAUAAGCUGGACCAAGUCGUGGAUCUGAUUCUGCAACGCCCGUUAUCCGACAUUGACCCCGAUAUGGGAACUUUGGACGAGCUGUUGAUAACAAUCCCCUCCUGCGGACAUACUUUCACGGUGGAAACGCUAGACGGACACUGUGGGAUGACGCAAUUCUACAGUCAAAACCGCAAUGAACAGUGGAAUGGACUCAAGGUUCCCGAUGGGUUUACACGACCCCCAACAUGCCCCACUUGCCGCUCCGUCAUCAGGACACCUCGCUACGGUCGAGUGUACAAGCGCGCCGAUCUCGACAUUUUGGAGCGCAACGUUGCAGCUCAGAUGUCUCGACGCCUUGGGGAGACUCAGAACUUGGUCGAGGCAUUUACGUUAGCCGAAAAGAAGGCAUUUUUAGCGAAAGAAUCGUCGUCGUUUGUUCUCCACGCUAAGGACGCGUCGACCGGCGCAAAACCGUCGAAGGCUCAGAAGCGCGCCAGAGACGCUUCACUCAAAUCAAGCAAGAACGUUCCAGUAGCCCAAACUGACAUUACCCCCGCCAAUGACAAGCUCCACAGCAUCGGUUCCAACGUCUUGGUCGUCUGGCGCAAGGCUAUGCAUGAGCUUCUGUACGCGUACAAGGAAGCGCAAGGCAUCGCAGAAGCACGUUCAGCCCAUGCAGAAGCCUGGGAGGCUGCAGUCUCGCAACUCUACCAACGUGAGCUGGAGUUGAUCAAAGGCAAGACCGCGAUUUCUGGCCAACCUGAUGUGCAUGCUAUGAGACUUGCGAAGUUGCAGGUCGGACAGCCGCGCCCCCUUGCGGACAGACGCUUCCACGUAGAGGCAUUCUGGUUGACGAUCAACAUCCGCUUGACGAUGACUGAUCUCAUCCAAGCAUGGCUACAGGAGACUUUCAAGCACAACCCCGGUCUUGCCAAGAAGAGUCAAUCGAAAUCUUGGGCGGUCUAUAUUGACUUUCUCUUCGACAGUUGUACCCGCGACGCUCAAAUUGCGUUCAACGUCGCUAAAGACUCCGGGGCUCGCCGACAAGUAACAAGAACAGCUCUGCACCAGAUGCGCGUUGAGCUGGAGCAGUUCCGCUUUCACCUAUUCAUGUGGAAAUCUACCGGUCGAUUCCGGGAAUCAAUCGUUAGGGAAGAACUUGCAGACAGUGCUCGCCAACAUCAAGUGAGCUCCGAAGAAUUCAUGUGGUCAACACUGGAAGGACAUCGCCAGAAGAUGAGCAGCCAGGACGAAGACAACUGGUUGGAAGAGAACUUUACAAGCAUCGCGCGAGACAUCGUCGAGGAAUGGCAGAAAAUUGAAAGAUCCAUCCGUUUUGAUACAUUUUAUGAGCCCGUGUCGCUCGAGGAACGCAUGGAGAUCAUCAAAGCAUUCAAUUUUGCUGUCGCUGGACACUUCUACAGAUGUCCCAACGGACACACAUUUGUUAUUGGUGAUUGCGGUGGUGCUAUGCAAACUUCAAGAUGUCCAGAAUGUGGGGAAGCCAUCGGAGGUAGUAGUCACAGUUUGUUGCCGUCCAACAGUCGAGCAACAGAAUACGAGGAGCUGGUUCGGCAAUCGGGCGCACAGCCGGCUUUCUGGCAAAAUCCGUGGUGAAGUGUAACUUGGAUUUAUGUCCCUGUAAUCGCUGGAGAUUAUUCUCUUAACGCAUCUUUCAUGCAUGUACACUAAUGUAGUCGCUCUGGCGAGAUAUUUACUUCUGUUUACGCUUGAGCCUAGCGUACUUACAACACAAUAUAGGAACUUGCAUAUGUAACU